AUGCCAAAAGCAAAUCAGUCAACAACGAAUCUUGAAGAGAUUAACACCUCAGAACCUGAAAUUGCUGAAAAAUCUCGGUCUAAAGAUUGGGAAAUUUUAAAUAUUGAUUCACCAAUUAUUUUUGAUGAAUCUAUUGCUCAUUAUGAGGUGCAUGCGCAACAACCAUAUACCUCAUCAACAUUCAACAAUAGCGAUGAAAUUCGCAUUACUGUACAAAACCAGGAUCAUUGCUUACUUCCAAGCAAAAGCUCGAUUCACAUAACAGGAAAGCUUGUGAAACCUGAUGGAACAGCUCUUGAGCGUACAAAUUUAAUUUCUAAUGGAAUAUGCCAUUUAUUUGAGGAAGCGAAAUAUGAACUUAAUGGUGUAGAAAUAGAUAAGAAUAAGAAUGUAGGUCUUACAAAAGAUUAUCAAAAAGUAAUUAUUAACGCUAAACAUGAGCUUAUUUUAAUUAGAUCAAGAACUGAUAAUAAUGCAGUUUUGCAAGUAGCGCCUUUAGAAGAUUUUCGAACUUGGGAAUUGUAUGAAUAUCCAUUGUUACCAAUUACUCCUAAGCAUAUUUGGAGUGUAAAAACUUCGACACAAUUAGAGAAACCAAGAUUUAUUGUUUUAGGUUUUCAAAGGAAUAGAAAAAAUAAUACUGUUCGCAAUUCUAGCCAUUUUGACCAUUGUAAUUUAUCUGAUGUAAAAUUGUUUUUAAAUUCACAAUGUUAUCCCUAUGGUAAUAUGAAUCUUAAUAUUGGUAGAAAUCAGUACUCAACUUUGUAUGAAAUGUUUACUAACUUUCAAACUUCAUAUUAUGGUAAAGAAUCACAACCUAUUUUAACUAAAAAAGAAUUUUUAGAAUACGCUCCUUUAGUUGUCGUGGAUUGUUCAAAACAAAAUGAGUCAUUAAAAAGUGGACCAGUGGAUAUUCGUUUGGAAUUUGAAUCGCAAGAUAAUUUUCCAGCAAAUACUUCAGCCUACUGUUUAAUUUUGCACGAUAGAAUUAUUGAGUAUAAACCAAUAAGUGGAAUUGUAAAAAAAAUUGUCUAA